CUAGGAGUUGAAUAUUGAGGAGCCAUGUCCUCAUGCUUACCUUCCAUCUAUGUAUCGCUCCAUGGCAUCAUCGGCACACAGCUCGUUCACACUGUCAACUCCAAUAAGCUACCGCUAUCGGUUCAUCGUUCAUUUACUCUCACGAGCCGAUUAUGUCACUCCUAAGCAACAAAACUGCCUCCAGCAGGUAUAGCACGCUGUGACGCAACCGAACACCGGCCAUAUACUCCUCCCUCACUUGCUGUAUGGCUUAUGUUACGCACCGAAAAAGUCGACAGAUUCGAGUUACCGAGCAUACACAGACAUUGCACAGUUUGUAAGCAGUAUAUGUGCAAUUACUGGACUGAAAUGACUGAAGGUUGCCGUGCUUCUCGUGUUUCCAAACUUGCUCAAUUGGUACAAUGGACAUUCGGAGUUUGGGUCGGCCGCGGUAAAAAUGAAUGUCCUGCCGUCCGAUCCGAUGAUGCUCCCGACACGAGAACGGAAUGUUGUACUGAAAAGAAGGGCCAAGAAUUGCUGACCGAAUUUACACCACAACCGCAUCUCUGGGGAAGAUUCUCAGAAGGUCCACAAGCCCGGACCCUGUCUCAGGAAAGAAUUGAUGUUGAUUCUGCAGUAUGGUAUGGUUCAAGGAAGAGAAGAGCAAUAUUACAAGGAUGGCGCUCCCGAAAGAAUGUCACGAUGGAAGAGCACAUCACGUCGAGCUUUCGGCCACAAAAUCUGACAGACAGAAGGAUCGAGGUGUUGAGAGGCAGAAUGGAAGUAUAGGGACGGGCGAGUGGAAGGACAUUCCUACCAGAAGGUUAGAGCGGAUAAUUCUGGGGCAGUGCGAACGCCAGAAACAUAUAGAUUCUAUGGGAGAGGAGGUAUUGAAGGUGGAUCCAGGCUGUGUAACCAUUUGGGAUGAGCUCGAAGAAGGACUUGAGAAGCAAUACUGCAAUGUAGUAGCACCAUGGAAUGUCAGUUACGAAGAAAGUGACCCGUGGAUCCGAUUCUGGAG